UGGAGGACGCACAUCCAUGGGGGGAAUACAUAGAUUUUUAUUUCGAUCUUGGUUUAAACUAUAAAGACAUUACGUCGGUGCUUGGUAGUAGACACGGCUUUCAUAUUAGUGAGAGACAUCUGAAGAGAGUUCUCAGCGCAAGGGGACACACUCGUCGCAAAGCGUACUCUGACCUCGCAGCCUUGGUUGAUUUCAUUAGCAACGAGCUGCAGUACUCUGGACAGCUUCACGGAUACCGAUGGAUGUACGCUAAAUGCAGAGAACAUGGACUACGUGUAAGAAAAGAGGAUGUGCGCUUGGUAUUGAAGGAGAUGGAUCCCCGAGGAGUGGCAUUAAGGCAAGCAAGACGUCUCAGGCGAAGGAACUAUUUUUCCAAAGGACCGAACUUCAUCUGGCACCUGGACUCAUAUGAUAAACUAAAGCCAUAUGGCAUUUGUAUUAAUGCGAGUAUUGAUGGUUUCUCAAGGAAAAUAGUCUGGCUUAAUGCCUAUACAACAAAUAGUAAUCCAAAGGUUAUUGGGGGCUAUUACAUAGAAGCGGUACAGCGUUUAAGGGGCUGCCCUAGAGUUGUGAGGGGCGAUCUUGGAACCGAAAAUGGUCAUGUUAGAGGCUUUCAGCGUUUUCUUGUGCCCGUGAACCCAAAUGACACCCUUGACAGUUACUUGGAGGGAGCAAGUUCUGGCAAUCAAAGAAUUGAAUAUUGGUGGCGUUUUCUUCGCAGCCAGUGUCUGGAGUUUUGGUUGUCCUUGUUUGAAGACAUCAGAAACAAUGGAUACUUUGAUGGUGGAUUUCUGGAAAAAAACCUCCUUCAGUAUUGUUUUAUGGGCCCUAUCCAGGAUGAGCUGGAUGAGACUGCACAGGUUUGGAAUGCACACUCCAUCAGGCCAUCAAAAAACAUCAACAUCCCCAGUGGCCGGCCCAAUGUGAUGUAUACAUUACCUGAGCUCUACAGGACAAGAGACUUCAUUUGCCACGUUGAGGAGGAGCAUGUUGAACUGUGCAAAAAUGAGUGUGUUUUUCGGCAGACCAAACCAUGUGAUCAAGAUGUAUAUGAACUAUGCAGUAUCCUUAUGAGUGAGUCCCAUCGGACUCCACCAACAGACCCAUAUCAGGCUGUGAAUCUGUAUAUGCAUCUAAGAGAGGCCAUCAUGGCAUCACUGUAAAACGUGUGCAGCACAGA